AUGACAAACGUGUCAACUGAAUUAUAUUCAAAAAAAAAAAACCCGCGUUUGCUUUGUCUUUUAAAGUUGAAGGUUAGCAAGCACCUUGACAUUCCUGUAGUAGUUACUGAACAAUACCCCAAAGCCUUCGGCCCAACCGUGCAGGAAAUCGACGUUUCAGAUGCCGCCUUGACGCUGAGUAAGACUAAAUUCAGCAUGUUCCUUCCUGAGGUCGAAACCGUGCUCAAAAAGAACAACACAAGGUCCGUGAUCCUUGUUGGCAUUGAGAGCCAUGUGUGUGUGCUCCAAACCGCUCUGGAUCUCCUAGAAAACAAUUAUGAUGUCCAUGUCCUUGCAGACGGCGUCUCCUCCCAGAAUCACUCGGAAAUUGCCAUUGCACUCCAACGUAUGCGAUCGGCAGGUGCAACCAUCACCACCUCAGAAUCUAUCAUGUUCCAACUUGUUCAGGACUCCAAGGAUCAGAAGUUCAAGGGCAUCAGUGCCUUGGUAAAGGAAUACAUGGAGGCUGGAAAGGUGAACCAGAUUCUGCAAAAGAUGGGUGGUGGCUCGGCCAACUUGUAA